AUACAUUGGGACGACAUGUAUGUAACAACAUUGCAUAAUAAAUAUGUUGUCAAUAGACAAUUAUGAGUGUCCUGUUCAGCACCGGCACAACAACAACAACAACAACAACUGACAGGUCAUCCWUUGAUCAGUUAUUAUUGUCGGAUCCGUUCAACAAUAACAGCCACACCUCGCCAUCAUCAGCAACAACAACACUAAAACGUCUUUCCAUAAUAUUAACCACCACUACCAGCACCAUAACCACCAGCAGCAGCAGCACAUCCUCAUUGGCACCACCAUCACCACCACCACUAUCACCAUCAGUACCCCUACCUUCAGCACAGUCCAUAACAAUGCCGACCCAAUUCGAUAGCAUACUGUUAAACAUUGUCAACUCGACGCCGUCGGCACCGGCCGACGUGCUCGACAGUGAUUCAGACAUCUAUAGGACUGUCAGCACCAGGUCGUCGAUGUUACUCAUUAACUAUACCGAUGCCAUAACUAACGGUGCUCACAGUACCAUUAGCCCAGAGGGCUACGACUGGAUCGACAUUCUAGUUAUAGUGAUAAAAGUGAUACUACUGUCGUCGAUAAUUAUUGCGGCCAUUUUCGGCAAUUUGCUGGUCAUCAUUGCCGUCUGCCGGCACCAUAAGCUGCGCAUAACGACCAACUAUUUUAUAGUGUCGUUAGCCUGUGCCGACAUACUGGUAGCACUGUUUGCCAUGACUUUCAAUGCAUCGGUAGCCAUAUCGGGCCGAUGGCUGUUCAACAAUAUUAUCUGUGACUUCUGGAACUCGUGCGACGUCCUGUUCAGUACCGCCUCCAUAAUGCACUUGUCCUGUAUAUCAUACGACCGCUACUAUGCCAUAAUCAAACCGUUGGACUAUCCGAUGAAGAUAACUACCCGACGGGUAAUGAUUAUGAUUACAUUUGUUUGGAUAUCGUCGGCAUUCAUAUCCUAUAUACCGAUAUUUACCGGACUCUACACUACCGAAGCCUAUAUGCAGAACCGAUUAGACAAUCCGGACGAAUGUAUAUGGGAAGUGAACAUACCGUACGCACUGGUCAGCAGUACCGUAUCGUUUUGGCUGCCGUGCGGUUUCAUGCUGGCCGCCUACUAUCAGAUCUAUAAGGAGGCCAUCAAACAGGAAAAUUUUAUCUACAAAACGCAGCAAAUGGCGGUCAACACCAACGCCAACCACUAUAAUCAUCAGCCGCGCAACUCAACAGACGCCAGUGCCCAGCACGGUGUCGGCAAUGCGACUGGUGCCGGUGCCGGUGCUGGCGGCGGCAAUAACCCGGAAUCGGGAUCAUCGACACCGACCAAACGCACAAUUAACAAAAUGAAACGGGAGCACAAAGCGGCCAAAACGUUGGGCAUCAUUAUGGGAAUGUUUAUACUGUGUUGGCUACCGUUUUUCAUUUGGUACGUCGUCAGCACCAUUUGCGGCCAGUCGUGUCCAGUAUUGCAAAUGAAAAUCGUUGUCGACAUUAUGUUUUGGAUCGGGUAUUUGAAUUCAGCCAUGAAUCCCGUUAUCUAUGCCUACUUUAAUAGAGAAUUUCGCGAAGCAUUCAAAGAAACUUUGAGAAACAUUUUCUGCUGUUGUCUUCAUCUGCAGUGUCUGGAGGGACCCCAUUCCGAUGCCAUCCAUUUUAACUGUACCUACCGUUCCACUCAAGAGAUCGGACUCGUCGAAAAUAAAUACGUAAAAGACUGACAAUACGUUUAAAGAAAGAGGGGAUCAACAAAAAAAAAAAAAUCUCGACA